UUGUCAGUGUUGUAUAUUUCUUUACUGUAGGUGAUGUGUCUAUCCCUGAAAUGGUGUACCCUGCCAACAGGACAGCAUGGAUCACAAGCAAAGUGGACUUGGCAAAGAGGCAGUUUAUGGAUGGCAUCAACAUAGACAUUGAGCAAGAGGUGGCCGACUCCUCCCCAGAGUACUACACCAUGACAGCACUCGUCAAAGAGACCACUGAGGCCUUUCAUAGAGAGAUCCCAGGUUCCCAGGUGUCAUUUGAUGUUGCCUGGUCGCCCAAGUGUAUAGACGGGCGCUGCUACGACUACGCCGCCAUUGCCGAGUCCUGCGACCUGCUAUUUGUGAUGUCAUAUGAUGAGCAGAGUCAAAUAUGGGGCGAUUGUGUUGCGAUGGCAAAUGCUCCAUUCAAUCAGACACAGUCAGUGGCUGGACUUCAUUCUCGUGUCGGCUAUCCUACUAAGCUUCACCACGACCAAGGGAGAGAGUUCGAGAACAACCUGUUCCAGAGACUCCAACAGCUUGCAGGGAUAUCCCACUCCCAAACAACCCCAUACCAUCUGCAAGGAAACUUUGUGGAAAGGAUAAACCGAACACUCCUGCAGAUGCUCCAUACUCUGCAAUAAGAAAAGGCGGCGGAGUGGAAAGACCAUCUACCAAACAUUGUCCAUGCCUACAACUGUACAAGGCACUAAGGAACAGGGUAAUCCCCAUUCUUUCUCCUGUAUGGCAGAGCCCUGUGCCUUCCCAUCAACCUACUGUUCAACCUCAAACCAGAAGUUAAGACAAGAUCCCAAAAGUUAUUUGCAGAGAAGUGGGCAACAAAGAUGCAAGACACAUACAAAAUUGCUUCUGAGAACAGUCAAAAGUCCUCAGUGAAAAGGAAAGAAAAACUAUGACAAGGGUGUCAAAGGUGCCACACUUCAACCAGGGGACAGUCCUUAUAAGGAACCUUUCGGAGCGAGGUGGCCCCGGGAAACUCUGGCUACUGGGAGAAGACGGGCCACAGAGUUGUAGAGACGAGAGGUUCCAAUGUACCAUCAACAUCCAGUCGGAGUCUGGAUACAAAGCCCUUUGUUUGCUGCACCGGAACCUCCUGCUCCCUGUAAAUUACUUACCUAUGGAACACGACACUCCCAACACUCCAACCAAAAGAAAAACACAAAGACAGAAACAGUCAAGAUACGGUGACACAGUUGACCAAUAAUCUGACAGUUCAGAUGAAGAGGAAAUAUACUACUCUAACUGGUCCUCGGCUUCACCAGAGCGAUGUUGGGCCACAACCAAGUCAACCGGAGCGGCGUACCAGACUGCAAGCUACUGUGUAGGAGUUCUGACCUACAGUGACAGAAGAACCAGGACAGAACCAGGAAUAGCCUAAAGAGCCUGAAGUGGAUGACAAAGUGCAGGAGGAAGUCCAAGACGUCAUACCAGUGUAGCAGCAAGAGGCCAGCAAGAGACUUAGCUUUGAGAAGGUCCACGCGCACUGGGAGACCUCAAUGUGCACCUAGAUUAAUCUCCCAGUGUCUGAUGGAAAGCAGAAUAAACAUGUUUUCCUCUACAAUUUUGCCUGUGCUUAGCUCCAUUCAGUUUAUUUUUUAUCGUGAAAAAUACACCAGUCCUUAACGAUUACAAUCAUACCCAAAACAUGAUGCAGCCACCACUAUGCUUGAAAAUAAUGGUGCUACUCCGUAAUGGGUUGUAUUGUGUUUGACCUUAACGUAACACUUUGUAUUCAGGACAAAAAGUUAAUUGCUUUUCCACAUUUUUUAAAAUAUUACUUUAGUGAAAUGUUGCAAAC